AUGAAGACAGAUCUUUCUGAAAAAGUCUUUCCUGAAAGAUCUUCUCCAGAUCUAAACGUGAGCUUGUGCAAGCUAACCUCUCCAGACUCCGCAUCCUCUGCUGUAAAUGAAGCGUGCGCACGUCGGCUCGCCCCGCCCCGCCCGCCCGCCCCUCCCCCAGCCGCCGCCCCGCCCGCUCGCGGCCGCGCGCAACAGGCCGAGCAGGGUGAGUGCUGCGGUCUCCGCCUGCUGCUGUCCCGCGCCGCCCCUAGCGGGGUCGUGAGCGCUCUUCCGCCGCCAGAGCGCGUGUGCGGGUGGGGCCUGGGGGGCAGACCUGAGAGCCGAGCCCCCGGGAGCCUCGGGGGCCCGGGCUGGCGGGCGCUGGUGCUUUCCGGACCGGGGACGCGCGCUGACGCGCUCCGUGAUUACGGGGACCGGGGCAGGGAGGACAAGCCGGGUCUGGUGCUGCCCGGAUGGAGGGGUCGGGUCACGAGUGACCUGGGCACCAAGAGUGGCCCCCGUGAGCCGCCGGUGGUCUGGAGACUGGGACGAGCGCUCGGAAAGUUUGGAGGCUCGGCAGGGAGAGUGACGCUCGCCCAGGCCCCGGCGGCAGGCUGCCUGGGAGCUUGGCCUCCACGUGGUCUGUGCUCCUGGAGUCUGGUCUGGCCUAGGAGACAGGCUUCCCAGCUGGGGAACCUGCAGCCCGGGCUGCGGAGCAGGGCAGCCGCGGCCCUCUGUCCUGCCCUAACUUUAAAAUUCCAGCCCCCACGUGCAGUUCACUCAGCACGUGUGACUAGCCUGGUGGCCCGACAGUGGGUUGGCCAACAGGUUAGUGAGGCCAGGUUGCUGUUUCAGGAAGCAGGGGCCUGGGAGUCACAGGAUGUGAUUAGUCCACUAAUUAAUUGUAAAUUCGACGCCAGGCCAUUGAUUUCACUGGACUCGCGUUUAAGUGGAGGAGCCCGAUUUUCCCAGCCUCUGCCACAGUCUCUUGGAUGGAUGCUUUUGCAUCUCCCGCCUCAUCCUUUGGAACGUCCUGCAUCACCAAAAUACUGAGAUUAUAUUAUUAUUAUUAUUAUACCAAAAUGUGGUAUAAUCCAUUUUCUCCUUAAAAUGCAGGAAAGAAGAUAACUGCCAAUUACAGCUUUAGGUCAACAAGAGAACCAGUUUUCCCUCUGGAUAAACAUUUCUGUUGAGCAAAAAAUGGUUUAGGUCAGCCUAGGCGACCUCCUUACAGGCCCCAGCUACCAGAAGGACUAAUCCAAUGGGCUUCAUAUGGCGCCCAGAAGUGUGCAUGUGAACAAGUGUUCCUGGUGACUACCCUGUAAAAGACACCUCUGGAGACUAUAAAGACACACCACUGAGGGCUAAUGUGCCAUUCAGCUCUGACAGUGCAGUGGAAAACCCAAGCUACAACUGCCAUCAGAACAAUCCCCACUGAAUAAACUGUUUUCCCCAACCCUGUUUUGUGUAAGGGUUUUGAGGACUUUUCUCUAAAAUUAUAUAUAAAAGAUGAAAAAGGAGAAUUCUGCAGACAUUUCUUGGGGACCUAUGUGACACGUUCUGUGCUGGGCUCUGGGAACGUGCAGAUAGCUGUUGUCCUCAAGAAGCUGUGUUGACUUCUUGUCAGGGAAUAUUUCUACAGAAAAGGAGGUUAGGACACUUAAAAAUAUAAAGGCUCUGUUUAUAUUUAUCAGCCAUGGAAUGGUUAUCAGUAUUGAUUUAAUUGUAGAGUUCAUUCUUUAAAGUUGGUUAGAUUAGUUUUUUUUUUUUAAUUUAUGGACAGCUAGUAAAAUAUGAACUGAGUUUUGGUUUAAUCUUUUCACACUUUAAUGUUUAUAGUCAACUCAGACUGGGAACAUUUGUUUUAACCUUAAAAAUUGAAAUAUAAUUGAUACAUAACAUUACUUUCAGGUAUAUAACAUGAUUUUCUAUUUGUAUACAUUAUGGGAUACCAGU